GUCUGUGUUGAGAGCAGAAUUUGCAACACUGAUCAGAUGCGACAUUUGACAGGAAAUCAUAUGUUUUUGCUUACAUCGUUGAACAGUGUUGUUUUGUGAAGCUGUUGGCGCGAAGUGAUAAGGUGAUAACGUUCUAGUCGAUCGACUUGGAAUAAUAAUUAUUGUUAUUUGACGAAUACACAAGUGAUUGAACGAUGUCUAUCAACCAAUAUUCGACAUCAUGUCGUUUGUGCCUGCAGUGUAAUACCACUUUCUACGAGAUAUUCAGCAACAAGAGCAUAGAGGAAAAGAUUCAAAAGGUUUUCAAGUUUCCCGUGACAAAUAACUACCGAUUGCCGCAUCUGAUUUGCUUGACUUGCCACGAGACCCUAACUCGCUUCGAUGAAUUUGUCCAACUCGUCGGUGGCAAUCAGGAGUACUUGAACCGACAAUAUGGCUUAAGCCAACCAGAAACAGUCCCAGUGGAUGUAGUAACAAUCGACAAUCCGACAGUUCAAAUCUCGCUGAAGCUUCCAGAUGAACCAAAUCCUGCCUCGGAGUGCGGUGAACCCACUGAAGGAGUCGAUUCAGCAAAGCGAACGAAAAGAAAGAAUAACCCUAGGAGCAAAGGGGACGAGCUGAUCCGGCAACAUAUGGAGUUGUACUGCGACAUCUGUGGCGAGAGUUCGGAACGGUUCGAGGAUUACUCCACGCUUCUGAAGCACUUCAAAGUAGCGCACGAAACUCGGGGCUAUGCCGUGUGCUGCGGUCGGAAGUUCAACCGCAAGGAUAAGCUAAUGGACCACAUCACACUGCACAUCAAUCCGGAUGCCUUCAAGUGUAACGACUGUGGCCACCGGAGCAAAAGUGCGUUGCUGCUGGACAUCCACCGGAGGCAACACAGCAAAGCCGAACGCCGAUACGUUUGCGACAUGUGUGACAAGGUUUUCGUUACGAAGUCGCAGCUGUACAAUCAUUUGGCCAAACACGGUCUCAAACGGCACGUGUGCGAUGUUUGUGGAAAAGCGUUCGGCCACAAGUUCAUUCUCGCCAGGCACCGAAUAAAACACGACGAGCCCAGCAAAUUCAUCUGCGAGAUUUGCGCCAAACCGCUGUCUUCGGCGUUCAAUUUGAAACUGCACCUCCAGAACCACGACACGAAAACGGGUAACAAAGUGCAGUGCAGCUUCUGUGCCAAAUGGUUCAACAAUGCGGAAACUUUGCGAUCGCACUUCAACGCACGACACAAGGAUCAACGGGAACACCGGUGUGAACAGUGCGAUAAGCUGUAUCCCACGGGAAGUGCCCUGCUGGAGCACGUGCGAAUGGUGCACCGGAAGCAGCCCAACCACUGCUGCCACCUGUGCGACAAGAGGUUUUUCAAGCAAUCCGUUCUGAAGGAACACGUCAAGCGAUCGCACAGUGGUCCGAACCCGAAGGCCCUGUUUCAGUGCGAGUUUUGCGACAAAGAGUACCUGCACAGCAACAACUAUUUCUUCCACCGGAAGAAGGCCCAUCCCGAGGAGUAUGCACAGCUGCGGCGCGAUAGGGAACAGCAGCGAGUGGGACUGGACGAAGGAUCUACUCCGGGGGACUCAAGUACGCCGACGGAUGUCGUUCAUCAAUAGAUAUCGUUACACAUUCCUCAUAUAGUUUUCAAAACGUGUCACAAUUGAAGAAUUAUUUUUAAAGUAAAAGAUCCACUUUGAAUUAAAAAUGGUUGAGUUCAAAUGAAAAAA